AUGACGAUCAUGGCCAAAUCCUCACAUUGCUACCUACCUACCUUCUCUACCGCGGUAGACGGACCGAGACGCCCUGUAUCGAUCAAGACGAGGCCGACACCUGCUCAGCAUGCGCAGUUAUUCACUGCCUGGCAAGAGGGCCGCCUGGAAUCUGUCCUGCAGACGACUUGGGGUCUAGUCUUGCACUACUACCUCCGAACCGAAGAUAUCAGCUUCGGGUUCCAAUACAUCGACGGCGAUACGCCGACCACUAUACAAACUGUACAACAAUCCGGGAUCGCGAAUCUUUCGAUAGUCCGGCUAGCCAUUGGUGAAAACGACUCCAUCAAGGCAAUUGUAGAUAAAGUGAAGAAUCGUGAUGAAUCUGAUUCUCAAACGACCGAAGGAUCUCUGGAAGGUGCAUCUGGCGCAUUGCCCUUCAACACCAUCUUGAUGCUGCGCACGUAUCACCAGGCUGUCGAUUCGCCAACGUUGCCCGCCAGCCCAUUGCUGGCAAAUCCACUCCCAGAACAGUGCCAAGUUCGCCUUCAUGUGAAGGUAUUGAGUCGAGACAUCAGCAUCUUCCUUGAAUGGCGAAACGGAUCUAUGUCUGGCAACCAAAUGAAGAGUGUUGCCUAUAUUUUUGAACAAACGCUUAACAAAGUCCUUUCUGCCGAGGACAUUGCUAUCAACCAGCUUAAUUUCUUCUCGGACAAUGAUUGGCAGCGGAUCCAGAAAUGGAAUUCCACUACCCCGAAGCUUUACGAUCGCUGCAUACACGAUGCGAUCCGCGACAACGCAAUCAACGGCCCAGAUAGGGAGGCAGUGUGUGCCUGGGAUGGUACACUGACUUAUAGCGAGCUGAACGAAGCAGCCUCAAAGCUUGCAUAUCACCUGCGCAUGCAGGGAGUUGGCCCUGAAGUGCGCGUGGCCCUGUGCUUUGAUAAAUCGAAAUGGAACAUUGUUGCAAUGCUUGGCGUUAUGGCCGCCGGUGGCGCUUUCGUCCCAUUGGACCCGACACACCCAACAUCGCGACUGCAAAAUCUCAUCGAGUCUGUUAAGGCUCCUGUAGUGUUGUGCUCGGAAACCCGCGUGGAGACUCUUCGCUCUGUUGCGAAGAAUGUGAUUCCACUCUGCGACGAGACCCUGGCAAGUUUUGCUGCCCCUGCUGAAGGCGUCGACCUUGCAUCGGGUGUCACUAGCCAAAAUGCAGCUUACGUCUUGUUCACUAGCGGAUCGACGGGCGAGCCUAAGGGCACGCUGCUCGAACACCGCGCUUUCUUGUCUGGUGCUAUGGUUCAUGGACCUGGCUUGCAGGUUUUCCGUGAUUCAAGAUCACUUCAAUUCGCAGCUCACACUUUUGAUGCUAGUCUGGCAGAGACACUGACUCCUCUAAUCCAUGGAGCCUGUGUCUGUAUUCCUAGUGAGGAGGCGCGGCUCAAUGAUAUAGUCGGUGUUAUUAAUGAGAUGCGUGUCACCCAAGCAUGCUUCACACCCUCAUUCAUUGGCUUCAUUGACAUCGAAACUGUGCCGGGGCUAAAGAGUAUUACUUUGGCCGGAGAGGCAAUGUCGCAGUCUCAACUGGCCACUUGGUCCAAAAUCAAACUAGUUAAUGGAUACGGACCGACCGAGGCCAGUGUCGCAGCGACGAUCAAUUGCAACAUCACACCAGAUACCGACUGUAAAGAUAUCGGAUUCCCAGUCGGCGUCAAAGCUUGGCUUGUCAACCCUGAAAAUCAUGACGAGCUGGUCCCUGUGGGCGCUCCCGGUGAACUUUUGCUUGAAGGCCCAACCCUGGCUAGAUGCUAUGUUAACAACCCAGAGAAAACCAACGAAUCUUUCAUUUACGACCCCGCCUGGACGAAGCUGGACUCCACAGGCGGCAUGAAUCGGAGAUUUUACAAGACCGGUGAUUUGGCACGGUACAACUCUGAUUCAGGCUCAUUCAAUUAUAUUGGCCGGAAGGAUACCCAGGUCAAGGUUCACGGACAGCGAAUUGAACUAGGCGAAAUUGAGAAUCAAUUGAUGAGAGACUCUAAUGUUACGCAUUGUGCCGUGCUGUUCCCCAAAACGGGUUUCUCAAAUGGCCGAUUGGCAGCUGUCAUUUCCUCAGCUGGGUUGUUCGCUGAUCAAUCGGAUGCGAACCUUGAGCCCUUGCGCCUGAUAUCUCCAUCGAUGAAAGCGAAACUGGUCGCAGGAAUUCGAGAGGGACUAUCGGUCAGACUGCCAACCUACAUGGUACCGUCUGUCUGGUUGUUCGUUGAGUCUAUGCCUCUCCUGCCCUCUGGUAAGCUUGACCGAAAAGGCAUUGCUGGGUGGGUCGCUGGUAUGGAAAUAGACCCAGAUCUUUCAAAUUCCAAGGCCGCUACGGUCUCAGAUGGGACUGUAUCUCACCCUGCUAACGAGACGGAGGAGGCUCUCGCUGCUGUUUAUAGCCGCGUUCUCAACAUCCCCCAAAAUCUUGUAGAUCUUGAUGAAAGUUUCUUGGCCUUGGGUGGUGACUCUCUUGCUGCUAUGACCUGUGUGGGACACUGUAAGAAGCGUGGUUUCGGUCUUUCUGUGCAGGAGGUUCUUCGCAGCAAGUCUAUCCGUGAUCUAGCCACACGUGUCAAAGCGCUGCACAACACGACCUAUAAAGAGGCAGUUGAGGAGAAAUUCAGCCUGUCCCCUAUCCAGGUCCUUCACUUUGGCGUUCGCAAGGAGGGACAGGGCCACUUCAACCAGGGAAUCACCACUCGCAUUAGCAAACCGAUCGAGGAGGCCACUUUGCGGAAGGCUAUCGAAACCCUCGUUUCUCGUCAUUCCAUGCUGCGCGCUCGAUUCGAGGAUGCUGGUGAUGGUACCGCAUCUAACCAGCGGAUUACUGCCGAUGUGAAGGGCUCAUACAGAUGGCGCCGUCAUAUUGUCGGUCGAAUGGAUGAAAUUGAACCAUUUGUGGCGGACAGUCAGUCCUGCAUCAAUUGCUUCUCUGGUCCUAUGUUGGCCGUCGAGUACUUCUGCUUUCACGAUAAAAGUCAGCCUCAUGUCAUUUCGAUGACUGCACACCAUCUGGUAGUCGACAUUGUCUCUUGGAGAAUAAUUCUGGAAGACCUAGAAGAUCUAGUGGUGAACCCGGAGAGGUCAGGUAGUGAUACUGGCUCCGUCCCGUAUCAGACAUGGUGCUGCUUGCAGGAGGAGCACUCCAAAGCUCUAGUUUCAGAAGGAAAGGCACCGAAGGAUCCACUUCCUGUCAUUGACUUCAAUUUCUGGGGUCUGAAGAGCAACUCGACGACUUACGGUGAUGUUGAUUGUGCAUCAUUUGAAAUCGAUGAGGUCCACACCAAGUCUAUCUUGCUGGAAUGCCACAAGGCUCUGGAUACAGAACCGAUUGAUCUGUUCCUUGCAUCGCUGUUGCACUCGUUUGGAAACUCGUUCACUGACAGACAUUUGCCAACCAUCUACAACGAGGGCCACGGACGCGAGGUCUGGGAUCCCUCAAUUGAUAUCUCACACACCGUUGGAUGGUUCACGAUCUUGCAUCCAAUCCUUGUAGAUGGAUUCCGAGCUGAUAACCCAGUUGAUACCCUUAUCAAGGUUAAGGACCUGCGACGUCGCGUGACAGAUAAUGGUCGCGCGGAUUUCGCCAGCCGAGUUCUGAAAACUGGAGGGCCCCAGAGUGGUAGCCACCCGCAUCCGUUCGAGAUGUCCUUCAACUAUGUUGGACAGCACCGUGAUCUACAGAGACAAGAUGGUCUUUUCCAACUGGUCAACCAAAUGGCCGGAGAGACUGGUCAAGGUAGUGGUGCGGCAGAUUUCGGACGUGACACUCCCCGAUUUGGCCUUUUCGAGAUUUCUGCCAUGGUUGUCGCUGGCAAAAUUCGGUUCACAUUCUCUUUCAACAAGUUUAUGCAGCAUCAAAAUCGCAUCCACCAGUGGGUUUCCAACUGCCAGCAGCAACUGACUUCAAUGUGUGACCAGCUCAGCGCUAUGGAGCCUCGUUUGACGCUCAGCUCAUUCCCAAUGCUUUCUUUGACCUAUGACAGUCUGGACAGACUACUCACAGAAAAGCUUCCUCGUAUUGGUGUCCGCUCUGCCGACCAUAUCGAGGAUAUCUACCCUUGUUCACGUAUGCAGCAGGGUAUUCUCCUCGGUCGCACUCGGGACAGCUCCUACUACGCUGUCCAUGAUACCUUUGAGGUUCAAGCUACUGGGUCCUCAGCACCGAAUCUGGACCGACUCAUUGCGGCGUGGAAGCAAGUCACUUCACACCAUGCAAUGUUCCGCACAAUUUUUGUUGAGAACCUCACUCCUCGUGAUCCCUUCUCCCAGGUUGUGUUGAAGGAGUAUGAUGCAGCCCCCGUAAUCCUGCCGUCCGUUGGUGACGAUGAUGUGUUGGCUGCGUUUGAUGCUCAAGAGCCCAAUAACUACGAUGAUAUCAGCCCUGCUUAUCGUUUCACGCUUUGCCAGACAUUUACUGGUCGGCUUUUCGGUCGAAUUGAGCUCAGCCACGCUGCCAUGGAUGGUAACUCGAUUUCCAUCAUCAUGCGUGACCUGCAGCUUGCAUACGUUGGCAGACUUGAGCAGAGCCGGCGCCCGUUGUUCAAGGAAUACAUCAACUAUCUCCAGAAUGCGCCUCAACAAGCAAGCAUCAACUACUGGCGCUCAUAUUUGUCGGAUUCUAAACCUUGUAUUUUCCCUGUGCUCACUGACGGCAAGACUCCCGCAAGGAAGGCUCUCCGCUCCAUUCCUGUGAGGUUUGAAUCUUUGGCCCAACUGCAAAGUGUUUGUGAUAACAAGGGAACCACUCUCUCAAAUGCGUUCAAUGCGGCCUGGGGUUUGACUUUGCGACUCUUCAGCGGCUCCGAUGAUGUCAGCUUCAGCUACAUGGCAUCGCUGCGAGAUAUUUCUGUAGAUGGUAUUCAGCUCGUUGUUGGUCCGGUGAUCAACAUCAUGGUCUGCCGAAUGAAAUUGUCUGGAACUUCCUUGUUGAAGGAUGUAAUAGAGAGUAUCCAGAAUGAUUACAUCGAAAGUCUGCCAUACAGACAUACCUCGUUGAUUGAUAUUCAGCAUGCGCUCAAGCUGUCUGAUGGAAACCUGUUCAACUCUGGUGUGUCAUACCGUCGCUUGCCGGGUGCUAAGGACGCCGUGAUUAGCGAUAUUGAAUGCGUCGAAGUCGGUGCUAUUCACGAUCCAGCUGAGUUCCCGGUCUUCAUCAACAUUGAAGCCAUGGAUAGCAAUGCACAAAUCGAUUUGAACUACUGGAGCACCCAUCUUUCCGAUGCUCAAGCUACCAAUGUUGCCAACACCUACCUCGCUUGCCUGAACAGUAUCAUGACCAGCUCUGAUAGCGAGAUCCGCGAGUUGGAGUGCCUCAAUGACAGCAAUAAGCUUCAAAUUGCCGCAUGGAACAGCCAGAAGCCGCAAACCGUCGAGAAGUGUGCCCACCAGAUCAUUCAGGAUAUGGCCAUUAAAACCCCCGAUGCAUUGGCAAUGAAGGCCUGGGAUGGUACUAUGACCUACUCCAAGCUUGAUCAAUACUCCUCGCGCCUUGCCAGCUAUUUGAUGACAUUCGGAGUUGGGCCUGGUACCCUCGUUCCCACUUCUUUCGAGAAGUCUCUUUGGAACACAGUGUCAACGCUUGCUGUCAUGAAGGCUGGCGGUGGUUGUGUCCCGGUCGACUCACCUAAGACUAUGGGUUUGAUUGAGAAGUGGGUUCUCGAAAAGAACGUCCAAGUUGCUCUAGCGUCGCCAGAAAAAGCCCAAGUCCUUGAGGAGACUAUCCCCUACGUCAUUCCUGUUGGUGCAUCUCUUCUUGAGUACCUCAAUGAUGAGCCCUUGAUGUCUGCAGCAUGCGUUGAUGAUGCUGCAUACGUUGUUUUUUCUGCCGGUGCUUCAUCAAGUCCAAAAGCCAUCGUCCUAGAUCAUGUGGCAAUAGUGGCAAGGGCUGCUGCGUUUUCCAAGUCCCUCCAGAUGACUGAUGUCUCCAGGACCUUGCAAUUUGGUGACCAUACCUCUGAUCUGUUCUUGCUUGAGACUUUCGGAACAUUCCUUCGCGGGGGUUGUGUCUGCAUCCCGGUUGAUGUCCAGCCAGAUAGCCUUAGCACAUCUAUCAAUAGCCUUGAUGCUACUGUCGCCUGCAUCACCCCUACAAUUGCGAAGUUCAUUUCACCAAAGGACGUUCCAAGUCUAAGUGUAUUGUCUAUGAUUGGUGAAGCUGUUACAAGUGACCUUUUCGAGAAGUGGAACACCAAGGAUCUCACUGUGCACUGCCUUUAUGGUACAACUGAACGUUCCUCGGCAUCUUUACACACCACCCAAUUUUCUCCGGCCAUCCUUGGUACGGCUGUGUCUUGUAACUCGUGGGUCGUUGAUUCCACUAACUGCGAUAUCUUGGUCCCGGUCGGUGCUGUUGGUGAGUUGGUUCUCGAUGGCCCUCCAAUUCCUCCCAUGUACCUCGACCAGGAACUGCCCGCCGAUUCCUAUUUCGAAUCCCCGACAUGGUUGUCCAACUUCCACAAAGACAUUGACUCUACGUUACCACCCCAGCAAUUCUUCAAGACUGGAGAUCUCGUCCGCUACAACUCUGAUGGUUCAUUGGUGUACGUUGGACGAAAGCCUAUUGAAGCUGGAUUCAUUGCUUGCUCAGAUAGACUCGAUCUUGAGGAGUGCAUUGACUCACACUUCAGUUCCAAGAGGUUUUGCAUUCCAGGAUGUGUCUCUUUCAAAGGAGAUCUUUCAGAUCGAUUGGUUGCGUUUGUUUGCACCUCUGAAACCUCCCCUGUCUCCUUUGAAGAGGGCGUCAUUCAGGACUCAGUUCCUGAGAUGAAAUCUAUCAUUGCUGCGUUGCACGCAUAUUUGAGCACAAGGGUCUCAUCAAGGAAUGUUCCGAGUACGUAUAUUCCCAUCUCCUCCAUCCCCCUCACCCGUUUUGGUAAGUUUAACCACCAAGGUCUGAAUGAAGAGCUUCAAGGCCUCUCAAACAAGGUGCUAAGCUCCUUCCACAUUAAAUCUUGGACUGAAUCCAAGUCUUCAAAUCGGAUUUCUCGCCAGUCUCUUUCCGGGUCCAAUGUUGCUUUCUGGAGAGAAUAUCUUGCUGAUGUUGAGCCAUGCAAUUUCCCGGCCCUAUCCGAGGACCCCAGCAAGGGUAUUGCAACACGCACACUCAACAGACAGUCUCAUGAGCUGCAGAACUUCGCCAAAUCGUGCUCUGUUUCUAUUGAGACUAUUCUCCAAGUUGUGUGGGGACUUGUCUUACGUUGUUAUACUGGGUCUGAUGACGUUUGCUUCGGUUACUACAGAAGCAAGCUGGAUGACUCCGCAGCUGUCUACAUCACCCGCCUUUCCGUCAGUAACGCUCGCAAGAUUAUCGAAAUCUUGCAGCAAGCCAAGUCCGACGCGGAGAAGGCGAAGCAGAACUUCGCUGAGCUGAAUGUUGUCCUCAAUCAACUGGGCCUGAAUGAUACCAAUGUUUUCAACACCCUCCUCACAUACCGCGAGGUCGUAUCUCCAAGCGGACGGCCCUCACCUUCAAAGACUUUCGAUGGUUUCAACAUUACGGUUUCCGCGGAAGUUUCUAGCACUAUUGUGGCAAUUCGUUUCCAUUAUUCCACAGAAACACUUUCCUCAUCCCAGGUCACCCAUCUCAUCGACACCUUUGGGCACAUCCUGGCAGAUAUCAUUUCUUCCAGUCCCCAGGACCGCGCCAUCGGCCAGAUAGAUUUCUUCCCCCGAAGCUCUUGCCGCCAAAUCCGUGAUUGGAACGCGAGCUCUCCUCCACGUUUGGAACGGUGCACUGAUGAACUCAUCCAGCAACAAGCACUGAUGCACCCUCUUAAUGAGGCCAUUUGUUCUUGGGACAAAAGCUUUACUUACGGAGAGCUGGAUCUCACUGCCACCCGGCUCGCCCGUUACCUCGCAAGCCUGGGUGUUAAGCCUGACAGCUUUGUGGUUCUCUGCUUCGAAAAAUCUGCCUGGGCGGUCGUUGCCCAGUUGGCCAUUCUCAAAGCUGGAGGUGCUUUCGUCAGCGUUGAUCCUUCUCACCCUGAUUCGCGCCUGCAGAUGCUGAUCGACGAGAUUGGAGCCGAGUUGGUUUUAAGCUCAGUACUACUUCAACCAAAAAUGUCGAAGCUUUGCAAGCAAGCGUUUGCACUGUCGCAGGAAAGCAUCGAUAAAAUGGAUGAAUCGUCCCUUCCAUCCUUGCCCCCCCCUAGACACACUCCCCAAAGUCCAGCCUACGCAAUUUUCACUUCGGGAACAACUGGGAAGCCCAAGGCGACUGUGCUCGAGCACACGGCGCUGAGUACCACCGCUUUUGCACUGAAGGAUGUUUUGAGAUUGAAUACUAGCAAUCGAGCCUUGCAAUUCUCAAACUACACUUUCGAUGUGAGCAUCUUCGAGAUUCUUAUGACUCUGAUGACUGGUGGCACUGUCUGCAUUCCCAGUGACGAUGAGCGCAUGAAUGAUUUGGGAGGUGCCAUUGAUCGCCUGCAGGUCACCAGUUUGGCCCUUACUCCUUCAAUUGCCAAUACUCUGGACCCGAAAUCUAUUCCAAGCUUGAAGGUAAUGUUGACCGGUGGCGAGAAGAUAUCUGUACAUCACAUUGAUCGCUGGCGCGACCGCUGCGUUAUUAAUGCGUACGGGCCUUCCGAAGGUACUGUCAUUUCUACUCUUGGUUUCAAGACCGACUGGGAUGGCAACCUUAUCGAUCAUGACCCUAUGUCGAUUGGCACUGCCCCUAACUGUCGUUUGUGGAUCGUUGACCCUAAUGACUUUAACCGUCUUCUUCCCGUCGGUGCUGUCGGCGAGUUGCUCCUCGAGGGCAGCAAUAUCUCCCGUGGGUACCUUGGUAACGCGGAGAAGACCAAGGCUGCGUUCGUUCAAGAUCCCAUUUGGCGCCAGCACUCUGGAUUGCAAGGCAUCUUCCCACGCAACGAGCGCAUGUACCGAACUGGUGACCUCGUGCGCUACAACAGCGAUGGCAGCCUCGCCUUCCUCUGCCGCAAGGACACCCAAAUCAAGUUUAACGGUCAGCGCAUUGAGCUUGAGGAGCUUGAAAGUCAAUGCGUUCAAUGCCUCCCCGAAGGUUCUCAUGCCGCCGUCGAGGUUGUUGUUCCUCAGGAGAAAACUGUCGCCAAAAGUCUUGCCGCAUUCUUCACAAUUUCUGACAAUGACUCUUCCCGAAGCAUCCCAGGUCUUGAUCCGUUGCUCCUUCCCAUCUCAGUUUCCAUCGUGGAUGUUGUGCAGAAGUUGAAGAACUCCUUGCCCGAUCGCGUUCCUCAGAGUGUUAUGCCUCGGCUGUUUUUCCCUCUACGAAGCCUGCCUGUUACCACUUCUGGCAAGGUUGAUCGCCGCCGUUUGCACGCUAUGGUCGAGACUUUGCCCAAGGCUACAUUGAAAUCCUACGCCAUAUUAAAUACUGUGACCAAAACGGAGCCAUCAUCCGCAGAUGGACUUGAGGCCCAGUUGCAAACUCUUAUUGAAAAGACACUUGACCUGGACGCUAACUCCGUCGCUAAUGACGACAGCUUCUUCGCCCUUGGCGGUGAUUCUUUCUCUGCCAUGAGCCUUGUUGGUGCCGCUCAGGCCCAGGGUAUCUCACUCAAUGUGGCUACGAUUUUUAACAACCCAAUCAUCAGCGAUAUGGCUAAGAGCUGCUCAUCAGUACCUGAAGUCUCAGCGCCAAAGAAGGCAUCCCUCAAGCCAUUCUCUCUGCUGCCCUCUUCCGUGGAACUGGAAGAACUCAUGGACGAGAUUGUAGAUAACUGUGACGUUCCCAAGAGCUGCAUUGUCGACGUUUACCAAUGUAGCGCUGUUCAAGAAGGUCUUUUGACCCUUUCUGUGAAACACGCUGGUGCCUAUGUCGCGGAGCCUGCCUUCCGUCUCGCCGACGGUGCGGACCUUGGACGUUUCAAGGCGGCCUGGGAAAAGACUGUGGCCGAUUUGGAUAUCCUGCGGACUCGCAUUGUCCACACUGACAGCUUGAACUUUGUCCAAGCCGUGCUCAAAGAGCAGCCCAUCUCAUGGGUCCAUGCGCAGUCCUUCAGCCAAAUUCCGAACGAUUUCUUGGACUUGCCCAAGCAAAAUGGCGCCCCACUGACUGGAUAUGCGAUUGUUCAGCCUCCUUCGUCCUCUACACGCUACUUUGUGUGGGCUGUCCACCACUCUUUGUAUGAUGGAUGGAGUAUUCCUUUGGUCUACCGCAAGUUCGAGGAGAACUACAACAAGUCCAGCUUCCAACAGUCAACUGCCCCAUAUGGUCUUUUCAUUGAGUACCUAAACAACCAGGAUAAGGAACAGUCUGACAUUUUCUGGAAGAACUACCUCGCCGACUUAUCCAGCACUCCUUUCCCACAAAGCAAGAACUCAGUAUCUCAUGCCGUUCGCGCUGGAAACACCCAGUACCAUACCAUGGAAAUCUCCAGGCCCAACAACAGCGUGGAAUUCACUCUUCCUGUUCUCCUUCGUGCUGCAUGGGCGAUUGUUAUCUCCUCUCACACAGGGUCCGGAGAUGUCUGUUUUGGAGAGACUCUCUCUGGUCGCAACAUCGAUCUGCCUGGCGUGGGUGACAUUGCUGGCCCUGUUCUGACAACUGUGCCAACACGCAUCCAAGUUGACAGCGAUAUGUCUAUUACCAAGUAUUUGGAGACUGUGAACCGGUCAACCACUGAUAUGAUCCCUCAUCUGCACCGAGGUCUGCAAAGCAUUCGUCAAUUAAACAACGACACUGCCAGUGGAUGCGACUUCAAGAACCUCCUCGUCAUCCAAUCGAACGAUGGAAAUCUGGACGAAGACAUUUGGAUCGACGAGAAGCGAGAGACCAGUGAGGACUUCUUCACUCACCCCCUGGUUCUUGAGUGCGCUAUUUCGAAGACUAGAAUGUCCAUCACAGCUCAUCAUGACGAGCUCAUCAUCAGCGGAUGGCAGACAAAGCGACUGGCUGAGCAGUUCAGCCAUGUUCUCUCGCAGCUUAUCGCCGUUCCCAAAACUAGCGUCGGAAAUGUCGCAGACCUGGAGAUCGUCAGUCCAGAAGACAAGGAAAUCAUUGCUGAAUGGAAUGGACGCGAUCCUCUUGCCAUUGAGCGAUGUGUCCAUGAUUUCAUUCGACAGAAGACUGAGGAAACACCCAAUGCCCCAGCUGUCGUCGCAUGGGAUGGCAAACUGUCUUACCGUGAGUUCUGGACUCUAGCUUCAUCUUUCGCAAACUACCUGGUUUCCCGCGGAGUUGGCCCUGAAGUGCUGGUACCGGUUUGCCUGGACAAAUCUGCAUGGGCCAUGGUGACCUUGAUCAGUAUUCUGAUUGCUGGUGGUGCUUACGUUCCGCUUGACCCGCAUCACCCUACUUCCAGACACGAGGAGAUCCUAGCGGACGUUGGUGCCAACAUGAUUCUUUGCACCCCCAACUACACAAACCGAUACAACCGAGUUGUCAAGACUGUUAUUCCUAUCAGCCAGGAGACCCUCAAGGCUUACGGCUCGCUCAACUCUUCUUCUCGCCCCUGUUCUGAAGUUACCCCUGCUAACAAGGCCUAUGCCCUGUUCACUUCAGGGUCAACCGGACGUGCUAAGGGAAUUAUUGUUGAACACCGCAAUGUUGUUAGCAGUAUCAUGUCGUUCGCUCCUCUUACUCUUAUGACGGCAUCCUCCCGAGUUUUUCAAUUCGCAUCCCUUACAUUUGAUGCUGCUAUCAUGGAAACUCUCGCAAUCCUAAUGGUUGGUGGCUGCAUCUGCGUCCCCAGCGAAGAUGACCGUCUGAACGACGUUGCCGGUGCAAUGCGCCGACUUGAUGUGAACUGGGCUUUCCUCACCCCUAGCAUUGCUUCUAUCAUCGAGCCAUCAUCCGUGCCUUCCCUGAAGCUUAUGGUUUGUGGUGGUGAGAAGCUGUCACCAGAAGUCAUCAGCAAGUGGGCAAAUGCUCUUACGCUUAUGAAUGGAUAUGGACCUACUGAAACUUGUGUUUUCGCUGUCGUUGAACCUAACAUGACAGUUGGUACUGACCCAUCCCGCAUUGGCCACGGUAUUCCAAGUACGUUGACAUGGAUUGUCGAUUCUGGAAACCACAAUCGUCUGGCACCUUUGGGCGCUGUUGGUGAACUUGCCCUGGAGGGUCUUUCCUUGGCCAGAGAGUAUCUCAACAAUCCUGAGAAGAACGCAGAGUGCUUUAUUCAAAAUCCUGCAUGGAUCGGUGAUUUCAAGUCCUCUCUACCAUCUCCACGCAGAAUUUACUUGACUGGUGAUCUCUGCUUCUACGGCCCCGAUGGAUCAAUCCAAUAUAUCAGUCGCAAAGAUCACCAGGUAAAAUUGCACGGCCAACGUAUGGAGCUUGGUGAGAUUGAACAUAGAAUUCAUGAUCAGCCAAUCGUCCGUCACGCUGUUGUUAUUCUUCCCAAGACUGGUCCUCUCAAACAGCGCCUCGUCACUGUGAUGUCCCUGAACAAAAUUUCCACCGACGCCAAAUUGAUCUCCGACAAAGCGUGUGAGCUCGUAGGAGGACGAGACUUCAACCGCCAUGGCCUUGCUGGACUAGUGGAAGUUCAGAAAAAUCUCGAAUCACAGCUUCCCAUCUACAUGGUGCCGCAAACAUGGGCUCUAAUCAAGAAACUCCCCAUGCUUGUCUCUGGCAAACUAGACCGGAAGAAGAUCACAUCCUGGCUUGAAAAUAUUGAUGACGAGUCAUAUGAACGCAUUAUGCAAGAUUAUGACCAGAUGAAACGUGGACCUAGUCAGAAUCUGCAGGAGGAGGAGGAGGAGGAAGAAGAAGAAAAAGAAGUGGCGGAGAAUUACCAGGAACAAGGGAAGCAAAACAUUUCCCUGAAGACCAUUCGCGAGGUUGUUUCGCAAGCUCUCAACAGUCCACUGGAGAAGGUUAAUGCGGACCGGUCUUUCGUCAGCUUGGGCGGAGACAGUAUCACGGCAAUGGCCGUGAUUUCGAAAGCGCGGAAACAGGGCCUGAUCGUGACUCUCAACGACAUCCUUCAGAGUCGCUCAAUUCUAGAACUGGCACAAACUGCCAAAUCAAAGGUUCCAGCUACUUCCCAUCGCGAAGAGAAAUCUGGUCACGGCUUUGCUUUGUCUCCUAUCCAGAAGCUUUACAUGGAUUGUUCAACUUCAUUCAAGGGUGACGCUCGUUUUAACCAGAGUAUCACCGUGAAACUUGCCCGCCGGGUGGAUGACGAAGUGAUUCAUCACGCCCUUAAGGCAGUCACUAGACAGCAUGCUAUGUUCCGUACACGCUUUGAAAAGACCACCAAUAGAACUUGGGAGCAAAAAACAUCCGCGGAGGUCGAUUCGUCGUACCGAUUCAGGGUCCACUUUGUCAACGACACGCGAUCCAUGGUCCCCAAGAUCUCGGACAGCCAGUCUUGCCUUGAUCCACUCAAUGGCCCUAUCUUCGCUGCUGACCUAUUCAAUCUCCGUGCUGGUGGCCAAGUGCUUUUCCUUGUGGCUCACCACCUUUGUGUUGACAUGGUGUCUUGGCGCAUUAUUCUUUCAGACCUUGAAGAUUUGGUUGUUUCAGGGGCCUUGUCUGAUGAUAGGCCUCUGUCCUUCCAGGCUUGGUGCGCUAUGCAACGCCAGAGAUCAAAGAUUGAGGAUGCCGCCCUUACACUUCCUUUUACCCCAGAAAAGCCCAACUUAGAAUACUGGGGCAUGCAUCAAUCACCCAACGUGUACGGCGAUAUCAAGAUGGAAUCUUUCAGUUUGAAUGAGGCUACUACCCACUAUAUCCUGGAUGGCUGUCACAACGUUUUUGGUACCGAAACUGUCGAUGUCUUGCUCGCAUCUAUCCUCCACUCGUUCCGUCGUACCUUCACUGAUCGCAAAGUGCCAACUAUUUACAACGAAGGCCACGGUCGGGAAGCUUGGGAUUCGAGUAUUGAUUUGUCGAGAACCGUUGGUUGGUUCACCACUAUGGCACCCCUGCAUAUUGACGACGGGGAUGGUACUAUCAUGGAUACCAUCAAACGUGUCAAGGACACUAGACGCAAGAUCACUGAUAACGGACGUCCCUACUUUGCAAAGAGUCUGCUGCAGUCAGACGGUGCUGAUUUCCCUGUACCUUUGGAGAUCCUGUUUAACUACCUUGGCAAGCUCCAGCAGCUUGAGCGCAAUGACUCCUUGUUCCAGCACCAGGAAAGUGUUUUUGACAGCUCGGACUUCGCUGUUGCUGGCGACAUGGGUCCUAAUACUGUGAGAUUCGCAUUGUUCGAAGUUUCUGCCAUCGUUCUCAAAGAUCGCCUCAACUUCUCCUUCACAUACAACCGAAAAAUUCAACGCGAGAGUCAGAUCCUCCGAUGGAUCAUGAAUUGCAAGCAGACUCUGGAGGAGGAGAUCUCAAUCAUGAGAAACGCCUCUCCAGAGCCAACGCUCAGCGACUACCCGUUGUUGCCCCUCAAAUAUCAAGACCUCAAGGUUCUCACCAAGAAUACCUUCCGCAAGGUCGGCGUUCGAAACAUGAACGAAGUGGAGGAGAUUUACCCAUGCUCUCCAAUGCAGGAGGGUCUGCUGCUCAGUCAGCUUCGCGACCCAACCGCUUAUAUGUUUCACACUGUCUUCGAGAUCAAGGAUCCACGUACUGGAAAGGUUGAUGCAGACAAGCUUGACCAAGCAUGGCAGCAAGUAGUCGAUCGCCACUCUGUGCUUCGAACAGUCUUUGUCGAUAGUACUUACAGCGGUGGAUCCUUUGAUCAGCUUGUCUUCAGGAAAAUUAGCGGCAAUAUGCUCCAUGUGCAAUGCUCUGAUUUCCAGGUCAUGGAGAAGCUUGGCGCCAUCUCUCUCAGUGACUUGAAUGCCAAGCGUCUGGCUAAUUUGUCUCACCAAAUGACUAUUUGCAAGACACAAACUGGACGCAUCAUUAUGAAGCUUGAGAUCAACCAUGCAAUCAUCGACGGUGGCGGUGUGGACGUUCUUCUGCGUGAUCUUGCUAUGGCCUAUGACAACCGACUUGUUGAGGGCCCUGGCCCACAAUUCAGUGACUAUAUUCAGUUCAUCAGAACUCAAAGUCAAGGCGCAGCUAUGGACCAUUGGAAAACUUACCUUGGCAAUAUCACCUCCUGCCACCUUCCUAACACCUCUGGUUCUCACGCUAAGCGUGAGCUCAAGGGUAUUCUAAUGGACUUCCAUCGUUUCCCUGAGCUGCAGACAUUCUGUGAGAAGACUUCAGUGACUUUGGCCAAUCUGACUUUGUCAGCAUGGGCUAUUGUCCUCACACAAGUCACGGGCAUGAGGGAUGUCUGCUUCGGCUAUCUAUCUACCGGUCGCGAUGCGCCGGUAAAUGGAAUUCAAGAUAUGGUCGGUAUCUUCAUCAACAUGCUUUGUUGCAGAGUGAAGUUCUCUGGCCAGGAGAGCCUUACAGACAUCUCCAAACGUGUCAAUGCCGACUACAUCAGCUGCAUUCCUCACCAGAGCUGCUCUUUGGCCAGCAUUCAGCACGAGCUUGGCUUGCAAGGGCUAUCUCUUUUCAAUACAACUCUGUCAAUUCAGAACCACACUGUCGCCGGUGGUUCCAGAGAGAAUAGUUUGUCCUUUGAUCUCCAAAAAGCUCAUGAUCCAAGCGAAUACGCUGUCACCGUAAACGUGGAUAUUUCAAGGGGUCAUGAGGGUAUCAUGCUACGUUACUGGAGCGAUGUGGUUUCCGAUGAGCAAGGUCAAUUCCUAGUUGACAGCAUUGCUAAGGUCUUCACUGGCUUCAUCGAGUCACCAGAUGAAGCAAUCACGGCCAUCAGCUUCAAAUCCAAGGCUUCGAAGCGCCCUUCGCCUCUGGAAACCAACAACUCACCUUCAACCAAAAUUGAUGAGGCUUCUAUUCAGAAGAUGGUAGAUGAUCGUGUAAAUGCGAUUAUUGAAAAAAUGUUGAGAGAAGGAAAGUUGGGCCCAAGUGCGUCAACUACAGACUUGUCUGGAGGCUUCGGUCAUCCCGACAAUGGGAUAGAUUCUCCCGCCUCAUCGCCGAUUCAAGAAGAUGCCGAUAGAUCAGAUGCGGAUUCGAUAACUUCGCAGUCAAGCCAGGAAGAUUUCCUGGUGGAUGUCGAUGUGGAGAUGGAAAAGAGACUUUGGAAACUUUGGAGUUCUGCCUUGGGUCUGUCACCAGAUGUGGUAAGACACAAGGACAGCUUCUUCAAGCUUGGAGGAGAUAGCAUCACUGCCAUGAAGAUGGUCAGUUCUGCGCGUGAGGAUGGGCUGGUUCUUACUGUUGCAGAUGUUUUCAACAACCCAGUGUUUGAAGAUAUGCUUGCUAUUGUGCGCGGGUCCAACAUCACACAAACGCUUCUUGACGUCGAUUUGAAGGAACACAGCAAGAUACAGGCACUGCCCAACAGUGCAACACCUUCUACCACCACAUUUUUGCCGAACCACUCAUACGAGAGCGUUUCUGCUCUUCGCAGCCAAGUUGUUGACGAUUACUCGGUACAGAAUGGCAUUUGCCCCAAGAUCGGUGUUUUCAAGGGUGGCAUUGCGGAUGUCCUCCCUGUAACUGACUUCCAGGCUAUGUCCCUGACUGCAACGCUAUUCAAAUCACGCUGGAUGCUGAACUAUUUCUUCCUGGAAGGGAAUGGAGUUUUGGAUUUGCGACGUCUUCGUGAGGCCUGUUUGAAAGUCGUUGAUGCCUUCGACAUUCUGCGAACUGUCUUUGUCUGCUUGAAUGAUCAAUUCUAUCAAGUCGUGCUCCGCAAGAUUCGUCCCAGCAUCUUCGUCUACGAGACGGAUCGGGGUCUGGAUGAGUUUACCCAAACGUUGCAGCAGCGUGACCGCGAGUACGGACCACGCGAAGGUGAGCAAUACGUGCAGUUCUACGUUGUUAAGAAGAAGAAUAGCGACCAGCACCGCAUCAUGAUUCGUCUUUCUCACACGCAGUACGACGGAGUCUGUUUGUCAAAGAUUAUGUCCGCUAUCAAGCUUGGGUAUGAAGGCAGCCCUCUACCACCAAUCACACCAUUCGCAAGCUACCUGCGUCAGCUUCCUGGCACCAUCACUCCUGAACAUUACAAUCAUUGGUCUAGACUUCUCCAUGGCUCGCAGAUGACAGAGGUUGUGCAACGGAAGGGUACCACCAUGUUCCAGAACAUUGGUGCUUUCACCGAGAUCCACAAGACCAUCGAGAUUCCCCCGAACGCUCUUGGAAACGUCACCACUGCAACCAUUAUGCAAGCUGCUUGGGCCUUGACUCUCGCCAAGCUUACUGCCUCGACGGAUGUCGUUUUCGGUCUCACUAUUAGCGGUCGCAAUGCCAUAGUGCCUGGUAUUGAAACCACCGUUGGACCAUGUGUCAAUGUGAUUCCUGUCCGAGUCAAGUUCAACGAUCAAUGGACUGCGCUGAAGCUAUUCAGCUAUCUUCAGGACCAACAAAUCUCCAAUAUGCCAUAUGAAUCUUUGGGCUUCCGGGAGAUUAUUAAGCAGUGCACCGAUUGGCCGGCCUGGAAAUACUUUACGACCUCGGUAUUCCAUCAGAAUGUAGGCUAUGAGGGUCAAUUGGAACUUGACGACAUCAAGUACCAAAUGGGUGGUGUCGGUGUCAACGACAACCUGGCUGAUCUGACUAUGGUAUCGCGUCCCACUGAUGAGCGCAAUCUCAGUGUUACCAUCGGUUAUUCUGAGAAAGGACCUAUUCACCCUGACUUCGCAACCAAGGUUUUAGACAUGGUCUGCGAAACUGCGCAGGCCCUCGUUGCAAACCCUUCGACUUCUCUGCCAUCGACAAGCAUGCUUCGAUCUCUGCCAUCUCAAGCCAUUGAUGAUCUGCCUCGCACCACUGACGAGCACUUCCUCAGUCAGCACCUCAAGUCUCGCUCUAUAGCAGAGCUGCUUGUUCAUUCGGACAUUCUUUCACGCUCUUGGCACCAAGUUCUACCCAAUCGUGUCACACCAAUCGACCAUGUGUCUGAUGAAAAGCACAAGGAUGAUUCACCUUUCCAGCUUGACUCUUCAUUCUUCGACUUGGGCGGUGACAUCUUCAAUAUGGCACAACUUACCUGGCUUCUUGAACAAGAAGGUCUCAAGGUUCGCCUUGAAGAUCUCCUGGAACACCCAUCUUUCUUGGGUCAGAUGGCCGUCCUGGCUUUGCAUAACGCAAAGUAUCAGGAAGACAGACCUGCUGAACUUGCUACUGGUGCUGUCGAGCCUGAUUAUCUGCCUGAGCCUGAAACUCUUCGUGUUCCUCAACCUGAGAAGAGAAAAACAUGGGGCAAUGUCAUGACUCUUGCUAGGAAGCUAAGACGGAAAAGCCACAACCCGUCUGUUUCUAGUAAUGCUUGA